AUGGCCAACAUCCCUCCAAACCGCGCUCGCUCGCGGACGCCUCCGCGGGAGGGCGUGAAGACCUCUGCCGUCUCUGUCGCGGGCGCAGCCUUCAAGGCUGCCAUGGCCGCAGCGAGUGCGCUGAAGCAGAAGGUACAAGGCAAGCUGCCAGUGGCGGCUGCGGACCCGGCACCGCAGGUGGCCAAGGAUGCGCCCGCGCAGGGCGCCGCCGAGGAGGCUCAAGCCCCCGCUGCCACCGAGCCCGGGCCGGAUGAGGCCGCGGCCGAGGAGGUUGGGCCGGAGCCCGGCACACCAGAAGAGCCACCUCCCGAGGAGCCCGCUGAGGAGGAACAAACCUGGUCCUGUCACGGCUGCCACGCCAGCUUCAGUUCUCUCCAGGAGCUGAGAGUGCAUGCGCUCGAGGCGGGCGAGCGCUGUAAUGGCCCAGCCUGGCAGGCGGCGGUCAAUGCCAUCGGCUGCAUGCCGGGAGCCGGUUCCGUCCUCUGGUGCCCGGCCUGCCCCGACAGCCUCCUGGGUAAGUGGACGGGACCCACAUCCAAGGCAUCCGCCUUGCUCAGGCACGCCGUCUCGGCAAGCAAGGCCUCCUCCAAGGACAUGGCUCCCAAAGCGCACGCCUGGUUUCUGGCGGGACUGGUUGACCUCCUCCUGUGCUCGCCGCCGCCGCCGCCGUUGCUUCCUGAUGAAGCCGGCGCAGAGGCAGUGGAGCCACCCGAGAUCCAGCAGGAAAGGUUGCAGGUGUGGAUCGAGUCUUCGCCCCCGCUGAUGCACGUGGUGGGCCCCCUGCUGGCGAAGCCCCGCAGCCCGGGAAGCAGCUCGUCAGGAGAUCGAACGAGCGCGGCAGUCGGCUGA